AUGCCUAGCUUAAACACUGAAACCAGUGACCUAGAAAGGGUCACAGGAUCACAGGAUGUUGAUCAUACUCCUCUCAAGUACAAGAGCAUUGCAGAAAUUUAUGAAAAAUGCAACAUGUGCAUUAUAGAACCAGAAAGUUUUGAAGAGGCAGCAAAGGAUGACUCUUGGAAGAAAGCAAUGGAAGAUGAAAUCACCAUGAUUGAAAAGAACAAUACAUGGGAGCUUGUGGAUAGACCAUUUGAUAAACCAAUCAUUGGAAUCAAAUGGGUCUAUAAGACUAAACUGAACCUAGAUGGAUCUGUGCAGAAGAAUAAGAGAAACUGGAGAUUGUUUCAGCUGGAUGUAAAGUCAGCAUUUCUUAAUGGAGUGCUAAAUGAAGAAGUGUAUGUGGAUCAACCAUCUGGCUUUGUGAUACAAGGAAGUGAAGAUAAGGUGUAUAAGCUGAAAAAGGCCUUAUAUGGUUUGAAACAAGCUCCAAGAGCUUGGUAUGAAGAGAUAAAUUCCUAUUUCAUCAAAACUGGUUUUUAUAGAAGUCCAAGUGAAGCUACAUUGUACACUAAGAUGUCUACAAGUGGUAAUCUCAUUGUGUCCCUAUAUGUAGAUGAUAUUAUCUACACAGGAAGUUCAGAAGAAAUGAUGGCUGCAUUCAAGAAUGAUAUGAUGAGACAAUAUGAAAUGACUGACCUAGGACUGCUUCAUCACUUCCUUGGUCUUGGAGUCCUGCAAACUGAUACUUGCAUCUUCCUACACCAGAAGAAGUAUGCAAAGACCUUACUUGACAAGUUUGGACUUAAGGAUUGCAAGUCUGUUGCAACACCACUGGCAGUGAAUGAAAAGUUGUCAAAAGUGGAUGGAAGUGAACUAGCAGAUGAGACUUUGUAUAGGCAAAUGGUGGGAAGCUUGCUCUACCUGACUGCAACCAGACCAGAUAUCAUGUUUGCAGCAAGCCUCUUGGCUAGAUUCAUGCAUAAUCCAACCAAGAAGCACAUGGGAACAGCAAAGAGAGUGUUGAGAUAUAUUCAAGGCACUAUAAGCUAUGGAAUUGCUUAUGAGAAGGGAAAAGGAGCAGUGCUAAUAGGUUACUGUGACAGUGAUUGGAGUGGAAGUGAAGAUGACAUGAGGAGCACAUCAGGCUAUGCAUUCAACUUGGGGUCAGGUGUAUUUUCUUGGGUCUCAAUCAAGCAAAGCAGUGUUGCUCUGUCAACAGCAUAA